CCAACAACAAGGAUAGUUAAUGCAUAUCUAUGUCGAGAUCAUGGAUGAUGCAUCCAAUCCAGACAGCCGUACACACAACACAGUAGCUAGGUGUCAUACGAAUCCCUCACUCACUCAUUAUAUUGAGCAGUCUAUACACAUGCAGUGCACCCACCCUCAUCACCGCCCUCUCCUCUCUCGCUGUACACGCACCCCCCCAGUUCGCCCCAUUGCUCCUUCUCUUGCUCUCUCCGACGUACAGGGGAGCUCUCUCGUCCUUAUCUCUCUUGGUUGGUCGGCAGGCAGGGAGAAAUCCACUCAAUUCGGAAGGGAGCAAAGCAGGCAAAGCGAAUGGACACACACUAGCCGACCGAACCGACACACCGACGACAAAACUGCUCACACCUGCAGGCAAUUCUCACAGAGAAGGAACAGAAAGGGCUAUCGACUGUGCUCGGGUGGACAUGCCAUGCGUGCCUCUCUGCCGCAUUGCUCAGAUUCAAGACAUUCUCGUCUACACUGCACUGACUGCUCCAGCCAACGAGUUUACGAAUCACAUCACCGCAGCUGCCGUCCCUGUGCACCCAAGCCAUCCACCCACUGACCUGUGUGUGUUAUGGAUCCCCAAUGGAUGGAUGGCCUAGCCGCUAUCAGACACCCGGAUCAUAGAACCAGAUCGACUGCUCAGGACCAGGAGUGCCCCUGGUCGUUGCGGGAGGUGUCCUGGACCUCCCUCCCAUCACCAGUGGCGGCCAUAUGGGGGCCGUCACUGCCAUGCCCCUCACUCGGCGGCGCUGAUCCAGCCGCAGCAACGCAACUUCCAACGCCUCCUCGUCGCGGGCGGCUCUCACUCGUCCGGUCUCUCGCUUUCUCAAAUCUGCCGAUGCACUCGCCGUCGGCGACUGCUCGGCCGCAUGAGAGGACGAUGACGCAGACGGCGAAGCCCCGCCGGGCUCGACGUGCCGACCUUCCUCCUUGCCCCCUCUUGAACGCGGCGACCGCACGGCAGUGAGCCCGUCGCAGAAGGCGUAGUCCCUCUCGCUGGCCGAUGCCGCUGCAGAUGCCGAUGCCGAUGACGCGUUGCUGGGCGACGGCGCAGCCUUCUUCUUGCCGACGGGUGACUCGCACUCUUCAAAUUCCUUCCAGUCGACGAUGCCGCCGGCAGCGUCAGGUCCGAGAGGGCAGCCUGGUCGGGGAAGGGCGAGGGGGGGCGGGACGGGGAGGGGCAGGGGGGCGGGCCAUGGGGGGGCGGGUGAGGGUGAGAGUGAGGGGCGGUGGGUGGCCUGUCGGAGGGUGGCCACCUCCACCUGCAGCGACCGCAUGUCCUCGUACAUCACUGAAUGAAUGAACAAACCAAUCAAAGAACAUGUGUUCGCACAUCGCAUGCAUUAUAUGUGUGUCCCAUUCACACGCAUCCGUCUUACUUCUCAGCCUCUCCUUGGCCUCGAGCUGCCACCUCAGAGCGUCCCUCUCCCUCGCCAAGGCGGCCACGUCCGCCUGCAGGUACUUCCUGUGUGAGAAGAGCGUCCGCACUGCCUGGUGCUGGUAGUCCAGGGAGUCCUGCAGCUCCACCAGGGCGUCCAGGGCAGCAGCAGCAUCCGCACCCUCGGCUGUGCUGAGGGAGGAGGGCUCGUGUGAGCCGGAUGCUCCCAUCACUCACACACCCAACAUGACCAGAGGGCUCCGGGGCGCACAACGCAGCCGCAUCC